AGAGGCAGCAACGCACGGAUACCGUCUUCACAGAGGAAAAUGAAACUCUUAAGAUUAUAGAAGGCUGGACACAGAGGCAGCAGCGCACGGGUACCGUCUUCACAGAAGGAUGGCUGGGGCACAGGCCAAACCACGUCCUGGAGACCUGAUUGAGAUUUUCCGCUUUGGCUACGAGCACUGGGCCAUCUGUGUGGGAGACGGCUACGUGGUCCACCUGGCUCCGCCGAGUGAAAUCGCGGGGGCUGGUGCGGCCAGCCUCAUGUCCGCCCUGACUGACAAGGCCAUAGUGAAGAGGGAGCUGCUGUCCGUGGUGGCCGGGAGAGACAAGUACCGUGUCAAUAACAAACAUGACAAGAAGUACUCGCCGCUGCCUCCCAGCAAAAUCGUCCAGCAGGCGGAGGAGCUGGUGGGGCAGGAGAUGCUCUACAAGCUGACCAGUGACAACUGUGAGCACUUUGUGAAUGAGCUGCGCUACGGAGUCUCCCGCAGUGACCAGGUCACCAGUGCCGUCACCGCCGUGGGCGUGUCAGCAGUCGUCCUAGCAGUGGGCCUGGGCAUCGCCGGCCUCAUCGGGUCCCUGCUGGACAGGGACAAGCGCGAGAAGCAAUAAGUUCUGAGAAAUCAUCCUAACGGUGACCAGUUAAUAUGGAGAAAACUUGCUUUGCCAGCAAGCGUGGGGUUUGCUUUAUGGCUUUUACUCUGUUUUAUAAUAAUUUGGGCUGAUUUUU